AUUGCGGCGGCCUGGAGGGGGCGGUGGCGCUGGCGGUGCCGUUAUUGCCGCUGGCGCAGCGCGUUUCCCGUAGCUGCCGCCGGGAUGUGGAGAGCGGUGGCCGCCGCCUUGGUCCCGGCGCGGACCCUGUGCCGCGUCCCGCCGCCGCGUUCCCCCUUCCCACAGCCGCGGCGUUGGGUUGUGAGCGUGGCCGUGUCCCCCACCGCCGGCCUGGCUGACGAGCGGGUGGAGACGCGGGUGGCAGGGCUGAGCCCGGGGCAGGCGGUGACCCUGCGGGCGGUGGCGGCGGACGAGCGCGGUUGCCUCUUCCAGUCGUGUGCGCACUACCGGGCGGACAGCCGCGGCGAGCUGCACCUGGGCACGGACGCCUCGCACGGCGGGGACUACACCGGCGUGGAGCCCAUGGGGCUCUUCUGGAGCCUCGCCCCCGCCGGCAUGGAGAAGCCGUACCAGCGGCUCGUUCCCCGCAGCACCGGCACGCCGAUGAAGGUGGAGGUGUUGGUUCACCAGGGUCACAGCUUGCCCGGAGCUAUCCCCGGCCCGGUGGUGGCCAAGGCCGAGGUGGAGAGGUGGUUCGCUGCCCCCGGCGUGCGGAGGAUCCGGCUGAAGGAGGGAGGCGUAAGGGGGUCUCUCUUCCUACCGCCGGGGGAUGGCCCCUUCCCAGGAGUGAUUGACAUGUACGGUGAUGAAGGAGGAUUGAUUGAAUUUAGAUCCAGCCUCCUGGCUACCCGUGGCUUUGCUGCUCUUUCCCUGCCAUAUUUUGACUUUGAAGAUCUGCCUAGGGUCAUGAAAGAACUCAAACUAGAAUACUUUGAGGAGGCAGCUAGAUUCCUACAGCAUCACCCAAAGGUGAAGGGACCAGGAGUUGGAGUGAUUGGGACUGGGAAAGGUGCAGAAUUAGCACUCUCCAUGAUCACCUUUCUGCCAGAAGUGGUGGCUGCUGUCUGGAUCUCUGGCUGUAGCUCCAACACAGUUGCAGAUCUCCAUUAUGGUGAGAUGACUCUGCCCGGGCUGCGUUUCGAUACCAAUAAGGUCAGUGUUUCUGACACUGGUGUAUUUGACACUUUUGAAGCUCUGGAUGACCCAGCAAAUCCUGCCAAUUCUCUUUCUGCAAUCCCCAUUGAGAAGGCAGAAGGUCACUUUCUCUUGGUGGUAGGGGAAGCUGAUCGUAUGUGGAAGAGCUCCUUAUAUGCUGAGCUGGCAAUCAGGCGUCUGCGCCAGCACGGGAAGGAAAACUUUGAACUCUUGAGUUAUCCAGGAGCAGGUCACAGAAUUGAUCCUCCUUCUACUCCAUUUUGUCAGGCAGCUUUGGAUCGUAUUCUGGGGGUGCCUGUCCUGUGGGGUGGAGAGAGCAAAGCACAUGCCCACGCCCAGGAACACUCCUGGGGAAAGAUUCAGGAGUUUCUGCACAUGCAUUUGGGGUGAACGCUUAAGAAACACCCGCAAGGUGUUGCAGAACUGCAGAGGACUGUGUUUGAACCACCAAAACGACUGGGGAAUUGGAGGGAAUGACUGAGAAAAGCACUGAAAUGUGAAAUAACCAAAUGACUACGAGUAUGAAUCCAAAAAGAGAGGAUAUAUUUGGUUUAGCCUAAGUUAUUUUAAUUAGCUGCACAGAGGAAAAGUGAAAUUAUGUAAGUAGGCUGUGUUGUAGUAGAAACCUGACAGCCUGAACUGCUGAUUGCUUCAAGAAACAACCAUCUGAAGAGAGCAAUAGGUUCUUCCUUGCUUUUGGCACUUACGACUCAAAGAAAUGAAUAACAGCCAGCCCUCAGCAAUUACAGAUUGAACUGCACCUGGGGAAUGAUGGCAACUCAUGGAUGAUAAACUUUGACAUCAAAAUGAUAAACUUUUUCUGGCCUUAAGUUACCUUAGCCCAGAACUCUCAGAUUUACAGCCAUACAGACUUUGGAAAUGUUUUUCAUUUACCUGAAGCUGGGGACAUCUCUUUGGAAUGUGGCUUGUAUAUGCUGAGAAGUGGUCUUCUGGUGACAAUCUACUUCUUUCCAAUAAAAAGUACCUGUAGGGUGGGAAAAUUAAGAUUACUUUUCCUGUCAUCCCAGGAGAAUGGCAGCAGUAGCACUGUCUUGUCUUGGGGAUGUAACCAUCUCUUCCCAUGGCUUGGAUUGGCAUUUUAAAUGUAACUUGAAGUAGUUACUAUGCACAAGUCUUACUUCUCUCCUUUUUGCUUGUUCUAAACUAGUAGCACAUGCCAUUAAGUUAGGGAUUAAUUACUCAUGGAACUCUUUAUUACUGAUGUCAACAGAUGCUGACAGCUGUUCUUAGGGAGGAAGCAACUGAGAGACAGAAAACCUGGCCAGCAGAGUAUUAGGACUGUAAGAAGCUGUCACCAUGUGGUGAUGAUUAACUUAGAAUCACAAUACUAAAAAAAAAAAAAAAACCAAAAACCCCCAACAACCUACCCCCCUCUAAAAAACAACCCCAAACUAAACCAAAUCUAGGAUAUCUUUUUCAUUACUGUUUGCAGGGGGGGGAGAGGUUGAUCCCAACUAAUUUUUGACUAGUGCCUUGUUUUUUACUUCCAGUCAACCAAAAAGGAACAACUUCUUCCCAAAUGAUCUCUGGUGAGGGUCUUGCUGGAAUGGCACCAGUGCUGAAGGGCUGUUUAACAAAGGUGUCUUUCAAUACUUCUCCUUCCAGGGUCCUGUUGUUAGCUCAAUUUGAGAGAUGCUCAGAGAGAUACAAAACCUCUAUUUAUGGUACUGAAAUCUGCUUUGCUCUCAGGGAUCUUUUCUCUCCAGUAAACUGUCAUUAUGAUGCUGCUGCUUAGGUGCCUCAUUAGCUUUCUGCAACUCUGAUUGAGAAGUUGAUUACCUCUUUUUUGAUGGAAGUCACAUGUUCUCCACGUGCCAUCACUGCCAAGUGAACAAUUUAUCUAUCUGCUUCUCCAUCCUGCUCAAAGUAUCUUCACUCAGUCUCUCUAAAUGCCCUCACUGACUGAAGAAGCCUUUGCACAAUUGUACCUGGUGCUUCAACCUACCCUAGAACAGUCCCAGAAGCCCAGGACUACAGCCUGCUGUGAUGUGCACACUGGUGUCACCCAAAUGUCCCCUGCAUUUGUUCCAAACUCACUCCAAGUUGCCAGCACAGAGGGAAGGGUUGUCUGAAGGUCACAGUUUGUUCUGCCUGCUUUAUCAUCUGUCUCCUCAGUGGCCAGAGCUGUGUAACUGUGGUAGAAAGGCACCUCCCUGACUGUUCUGUGACCCUCCCAGUACUGGUACUCCUGUCUCCACACUGCAGCCUUACCUUGCAAGCUGGAGGCUCAGGAAGGAAAUGUGAAGUUGUAAAUAACACAAAAAUCAGGCAGCUUAGAAGUCCCCAGACUUCAUUUCUAAAGCACAAGCCUUUAAAGUAGUCCCAGGUUGGAUGUUGUCAGAUAUAUGCAAUUUGAAAGAGGCAUAAACCACUUCCUGCAUUAAAAAGCAAGCUGGUGUAAGAACUUGAUGUUAUAUUUUUAUUGCUGAAUAGUUCAUUGCCUUGGGAAGGUGAAUGGUAUUUUUUAAACAAAGGGGGGAAAAUAAUAUAGUUUUACUAUGAAGAUCCUUUUGUGAACAGGUCAGCAUGUUCCUGGACAAAAUAAUUCAUAGAAUUCUGUAGGAAAAAAAUAAAUAAAAAAAAAAAAACAGCU